GUAUAACAACAAUGAUACGGCGGGCACAGCGUCAAAUCCUGAUAUAUUAACGCGCGCUCGCUCUCUCUCUCUCUCUCUCUCUCUCUCUUCUACAGCUAGGGUUCAAUCUCUAACAAUGGCGUCUUCUUCCAAAGGCACAGAAAUUGCGACUUUAAAAACGAUCGAAGCAGCUUUGAAACUAAUUGACACAAAAAAGGAAAGCCUUAAACGAGCCUAUGAUGAUCUUCAAGCUCACUCUUCUCUCCUCUCCUCCUUCAACCUCUCCUGGUCAGAGCUCGACUCUCACUUCACCUCCUUGCAAACCACCCUCACCCACCGCUUUCACCGCCUCCAGUCCCUUCAUUCUUCUUCUUCCGCUCAAAAGAACCCUCCAUCGAGUCAUGACCUAGUCGACGCUCCUCUUGAUUCUGGUAUUUCCGAUCAGCCACCAGCGGUUAACAAUGGCGACCCGUCAUCUUCAUCUAAUCCACUGGUUCAUGAUUCAUUGACUCGGACCGAGAUGGAAUUGAGUCAAAACCGGCCGGAAUUGGUUUCUUUUUGUGAGAAAAUGGAUGGGCGAGGAUUGAGGAACUACAUAAGCGACCAUGCGAAAGAGCGGGAAGCUAUCCGGUUAGAGCUUGUAGGGUUAAUGGCGGUUGCUUUGGACCCUGGAGCAAUGGUUUUGGAUGCAUUGGAUGGAUUCUAUUCAUCAAGUUCGAGUUCUAAAGGUGAUAAAGAUUUGGAUUUGUUUCGUUUAAGAAAGAGUUGUUUGGACUUGUUGGAGGUGGUGAUAGAGAUUAAACCAAAUUUGAGCAAUGAAGUGAAGGAAAGGGCUAAAAGAUUGGCUUUAGAGUGGAAAGAGAAAGUCAGUUUGAAUGGGGAUAGCCCCUUAGAGGCAUUAGGUUUCUUGAAUUUGCUUGUGGCGUAUGGAAUGGAGAAUGAAUUUGAUGUGGGUGAGCUUGUGAAUUACUUUGUUGUCAUUGCUAGGUUUAAGCAAGCUACAAGUUUGUGCCGUGCUAUUGGCUUGGGAGAUAAAAUUGCCGAUCUUAUUCAGAAACUCAUAGAGAAUGGCAAACAUCUUUUGGCUGUCAGAUUUGCUUUUGAAUUUGGGCUGACUGACAAGUUCGAACCAGUUUCUCUCUUGAAGGAUUACCUGAAGGAUUGCAAUGAACUUUCUAAGAAAAUUUGCAUGGACACAAAAAACUCAAUUAAGGCACAGAAUGAGGCCAGAUCCAGAGAAGUUAAUGCUUUGAAAUCAGUACUCAAAGUUGUUGAUGAAUACAAGCUUGAAUCUGAGUACCCACGCCCGGAACUUGAAAAGCGUAUUGAGACGCUAGAGAAGCAGAAGGCAGGCAAGAAAAUGCCUGUUCCAUCUCCUGAUAAUAAGCCUCAGCAGCAGCCAAAGAAACAGAUACAACAGCUGCAAUCAAAGAAACAGCAAGCAAAGAAGCAACUGCUAAAUGGAAACAAGCGUCCUCGUACAUCUGUGUUCACUGGUCCUGCUGUUCCUAUCAAUAUUGCUGGUUCUAAUUCAACUGUUCCUCCAUUUCAACAAUCUCAUUUUCCUCCUGCAGGUUUGUUGCCAGCAGCUGGCCCUUAUGGGCUAGUGGGUUCCACUCCUCAUGUUGCCUCUUAUGCAGGUCCACCUGCGGGUCCCUUUGGCUUGCCAGGAGCUGCUAUGGGCUUGGCUGGCAACCCAAACCCCGCUACGGGUCAUCCAUACCCUCUGGAUCCAUAUAUGUCAUCUGGUUAUUAUGAUAGACCAGCUGCUUAUGGUGGAUAUGGUUUGCCACCUCAAUACCAUUCAGCUUACUAUUCCCAGUAAUUUUUUGGGAUCUGACAGUGAUAGUACGACUUUGGAUGGUAGAUUAGGUUUUGGUUAACUUUGGAGUGCUGGUGGAAAGAAAGCAAGCUUUGCU